AUGCAGACAACACGGAACAUUGACAUCGUUGGAUGUUACCAACAUGUGUUCACCAGAGAUAAAGCCUGCUUGCAACACCGAGAGCAGUUUUGGAUGGCUCUAGACAGCCUUUUGACGCAGCUCCCGGCAAGGAAUACACUUGCUCUGUUGGGAGAUCUGAAUUGCAGCCUGCAAGCUGCGACUGGAAUCUGCGGCAAUGCACGUUACCGCUGGCAAGGUAAGACCAUACCUGGAACUACGCACCCAGAUUCCAACCGAUUCCUGACUGUCUUGAAAAAGCAUGGGAUUGUAGCUCUGAACACGUGGAACUCCAGCACUGGCCCCACUUUCGUUUCAACAGGUGGGACUAGCCGCAUUGACUACUUUUGCACCCGCAAGCAGUUUGCUGAUGGCAAAGCCAAAGACACCCAGUGCCUCUGGGAUGCACCAUUUCAGCCACUUGCACAGGCGGGGCAUGCUGUUCUCAUAGGCCAUGUUGCUAUGUACUGGAUUCCACCCACUUCACAGCUGACUGGCUUGACGCCCCAUCAAAAACUGCAGGGACGCAUUGCCAAGAUGACUAACAGCACUGCAUGGCAGAACUAUGUGGCAACUGUCGCCCCAGACUUGUUUGCCAACAACCUGAGACGCAUGAAGUUCCAAGAGCUCCUGCAAGAGGCCACAAAAGCUGACCUUGUGGCUGCAUUGAAACUGAUUCCCACCGGGAAAGCUGUUGCGGCACCAUGUGCUCCGGGGCCGACCUGGAACUCCACAGCAGACCUGAUUGCUGUCAUGGGCCUGCUUAUCCAAAUGGCCUCUAGGCAAGCUGACAUGGAGUUUCGGAAGUGGCCCAUUUGGGCCUUUUUGGCCCACCGCUCCACGCAAGACCCGCUGGCCAAAGUUGCCUGGCACUGCCAUACCAACGAUUUUGUUUUUCAACAUUAUUCCUUGCUGCGCCCUGCGGAUGUGCUGAUCACUGCUGCUGACUCACUCUUGCAGUCAGUCGCCCAGAGACAAUUGAUCAUGCAGACCAGCGACAUUGCCCGCAAUGUCAACUGGCAUCACCUGUUAGCCCUGCGACAGAUGAUUGACACUGCUCAGGCCACCCUUUUGACAUUGCGUGCUGAGACUGCUCUCUCUGGCGAGGCGAUCCAAUUGGGCCCACCUUCGUGCGUGGGAACAUCGACUGGGAUGACACAUCACCCAGCGCCUGCUGACACCAGCAUUGCACUCAGGGGUAGCAAGCUCCUGUCGGAAGCUGACCUUGCACUCCUGAGACAACAACCUUGGGGCGACCGUGUCUUGAAGUUGAUUGCAGAUGAUACUCUGGACCGUUUAGCCAAUGAACAUGAGGCCUGCCGCUAUUUGUCGCGCUGCUGCUUUCUGUGUGGACAACAAGUGCACCGAGCGCAGGACGCUCAUCUUCAUUUCAAAACAGAACAUGCUGAGUUUUGGACCCACGUUCCUCAGAAGUCCAUAGUUCUGACAAAUCUACACAGCACUGACACACCAUGUGCGCAAUGCGGGAGCCCUUUCCGCACACACAAGUGUUUGGUCUGGACACAAAUAUCCAUCAUGAUGCUACACGGCGGAGGCCUUGUGAUCUCUGACAGAGAUUUGCAACCUGACCUAGCUCAACGAUGCGAUAUCUGCCUUGAGAUGUUCCCUGAUGCUGCUCAGUUGACACAGCAUUUGCAGACAAAGCAUAGAUUGGCUGGACUCACUUUCAAUGCUGCCAGAGAUUGCCUGGACUCCCAGGCUGCAUGCGCACACUGCGGCUCACCGCAUGCCUCGAUGGAGAGCCUGCGCAGCCACAUAUGCCAAGGACGCUGUCCAAUGUUUAAUCCAAUGGCAGCAUCGGAGACCAGGCCCAUCACCCAGGCCAUGAUUGACAUUUGCCUGCAUGGACAACUUCUCCAGCAGCUUCGGGCCCCAAUGACACGACUCCAUUUGACCUUGCGUUGUUUGCACUGCUCACAGGCCUACAAACGAGCCUGUGACCUUGCCAACCACCUGAUGUCCAAUCACUCCCGUUUGUGGAGGCAAGCCCAGGGACUGACUCUUUUGAUGGUCGAGCUUGUUUUUGCCAGACAUGGCUGCAUGUGCAACCCGCAAAUCAACCAGAUACGGAACAAUCAUAUAUGCCUGCCGCUGAGGCAGAUUGCCAUGGCCUUUUGCCGCAUGGAGCCUGCCACAUUCAUGCCAGUGCAAAUCACUGAACAGGCCCUGACACACAUUGCCCAUCCAUCCAUUCCCAGAGACAAGCGUUUCAUUUUGACUCAGAUUUUUGCCAAUCGAGAUUUUCCUGCCCUGUGGACCAACCCUGAGGCCUUGGACAUGCUUCGAAAUGCUUGCGUGAUCUGUGGCCAGACGCACCACACUGGAUUGCUGAACCGCCAUUUACAUGAGGCACAUUUGACUGGUCACCAGUUCAUUGACUUUUACUGCACGACCUUGUUGCCACUCAUGCAAGCCCAGCUCAGCAAUGAUUUUCAGUGUGAUCUCUGCUUGCAAAUUUUCAACCUGCCUCCGCCUGAUCCUGCGCAGCCUGUUGACAAUAGCAGACUCGAACUGGUCCAAACUCACUUGCGUGGCAAUUGUCCUGGCGACUCGGUGAUGAAUGGAUGGGACGAGAGCGCCCUUGCUCAAAUCCGAGAGACCUAUCAGUUCUUGACGCCUCUCUUGGACAAGUCACUCAAGCUGCAGCCGAACCCAAAGCCUCAGAAAUCACGACGGAUGGACACCACCACUCAGGGCGAUCCAGCCGAUCAAGAUCAGCAAGGCCAAGGACCUCAACAGCUGCUCAAAUACCUCCAGGUGCUGGGGCAGCUGACGCUCCGACACGAGCACAACUGGAAUCUGCUGCAAAGCACAGAUUGUUUCAUUCUGUUCUUCCAGCAAGACCAGGAGAGCGCUCUCCACGGACUCUUGACAGCGACCCAAGAGUGGCACCAGCAGAGACAAUCGAAUCCCAUGGGCAUGACCACCACGCUGCGCCAACACCUAUGCCAACACCUCCUACAGGAUCUACUGAACAGAACGACGAAGGUCUCCAAGAGCAAGCCAGGGGAGGUCUUGUUCCAGGCUUGCAGAGACCGCAACCUGAUUUUGGAGGACAUGAGCUGGCCCUUUCUGCGGUGGGACCCCACCAAGAAGAGCCUGGCGGUGGACAAGAAGAAGGCAGUGACAAUGCCCAAAAUGCUGGAGCAUCUGCAGGAACUCAUAGAGGAGUUCAGAGAUCCGACAUUAGUGGUCCGUUUUCAAGGACUGAGCACCAGCCAUGCUCAGGCAACGCAACCGCCCCUACGACCUGAUGAGGGAGCUGACACAUUCGUCAGUUUGGCUUCUGGCGGGCACUUCCCUGAAGGUGCACUCGAUGCAACAGAGCGGCUUAGCAAAGCAGGUUCAACAACUUCUUCCCCUGCAUGGCAAGAGCAAAGGGAUGGGGAAAUCUCGGACCAAGGGCAAGAAGACACAGGAGAGCUGACUCCUGAAAAGAUCCAUGAGCUACGCAUGCUGGUGUCACACAUGACCUUGCGCAAUGAUACCAACUGGUGCUAUGCCAACACGACAAUGUAUGGCCUGCUCUGGACUCUCUUGAGCCUGAACACUUGUGAGGUUUUUUCAUGGGGGCCGCACUUCAAGCCACUGAUGCAGUUCAUUCUUGAUAGCAAAGACACAUCUCUCAUGCUGACCCAUUACCCAUGGUUUGUUCAGUUGCUUGAAACUUGGGGUUUCACACAAGCCCAGCAGGAUUGCAGUGAGUUUGUGCGAGCAGCCAUACUAUGGCUUGACUCACCUGACAUCGACCUGAAAUGGGAGCGCAGAUUUGAACUUGCUGAGACUGCACAGUGCCAUGACCAGAGCCACACAUGCAUGCCAGUUUUUUUGCAGUUUCCACCCAGCACGCACACCAUGGAUGCUUGCAAAAUUGAUGACCUGAUCCGCUUUUGGCAUCAGGCAAAUGGCAUGCGUGCCGCAAUGCUCCAAGCGGCGCCCAUAGUAUGUUUGCACAUUGACAGAAUGAUUGAAUCCGCACCUGGCCAGAUCGAGAAAUGCAGUUGUGCAGUAGACUUGGACACAGAGGCCAUGAUCCCUUUCUUUCUUGCACGAGACACUAAAUGCGAAACAGUGAACUAUAUUCCGGUUGCAGCAGCAUCACACCAGGGCGCUGAUCAGGCCGGCCAUUAUCAGGCACUCCUGAAGAUUCAGCCCACGGUGCUGUCUGCACAUCCAGUGAAAUGGUUACUGACCCAGGACAACAUGCCUCCAUUGGCCUGUUGGGACAUCCCACCUGGUUUUCGUGAAAAUCUGACAGUGAUAUGGCUCAUCAGAGCGGACUGCAUUCAGAUUCCAUUUUAUGUGCCUCGAGCAAACCAGAACUCACCACCAGCUGACCUGGCUACCCAGAUACUGACAUUGCUGGGGCAAACCGGACCUCUGUUGCCUUCCGAUGAAACUGCGCCAUCCAGCACGAAGCAAUGA